GUUGAUUCUGCGCAUAGUUUGGAAGGUUAUUUCAAAUAAUCAUGUAUCCAUACAUAUACCCAUAUAUGUGUCUAUUUAUGCACUAAUGUUUUAUGAAAGUAAAAAAAAUGAAUAAUGGACGAUCAUCAACAGUUAAAAAGUAAAUAUGAAAGAUUAUGUGUGGAAUUCAAAAAGCUUCGUACAAAGUAUAAAACGUUGAAAGACAAUGAAAAUGAAUUAAGUCAACAACUACAGGAGAAAAUAUUGCAAAAAGAUGUACAUAUUGAAAAAUUAAAACAAGAAAUUGAACAAUUAAAAUUAAACAAUCAUAAUAUUUCUAUUAAUGGAAUCACACAUGAAAAUUCAGCAAAAUUAUCAUUACUACUAAGUAAUAUUAACAAUGAUAAUGAUAAUUUAAGUCUCAUUGAUACUGUCAAUGUAAAUAAAGUGACGAAGAAACCUAUAAUUACUCAGGAAGUAAAUAAUAAUGUAAAUCAAACGAAUCUAUCAGAUGCUUCUUACGCACCUAUCCACAUCACAAAACACAAUUCAUUUUCCAUGGUAACUAAUGAUAAUUCAACAAAUUCAAUUCUAUCAUCUCCCACUGAUAUUUGUCAUGAUAUUAUUGUGGAUACUUAUAAUAAGUCAUCCAGUUUAAAUUUACUUCCAUCUGAAUUUUUGUUAUCAUCAAAAUUACCAUCUUUAUCAUCAUCAUCAUUUCUAUCUGUAGAUACAUUAAUGACAACAAAUGCAACAAUAUCUAUUCCUACAACUUCUACUACUAGUAAUACUACUACAACUACUACUUCUACUAGUAAUAUUACUACAAUUACUACUUCUACUACUAGUACUACUUCUACUUCUACUCCUAGUACUACUACUUUUACUACUCCUAGUACUACUUCUACUUCUACUCCCAGUACUACUACUUUUACUACUCCUAGUACUACUACUACUUCUACUUCUACUACUAGUACUACUACCGCUUCUACUUCUACUCCUAGUACUACUAUUUCCACUACUCCUAGUACUACUACUACUAACAUUACUCUUCCAUCCUCUUAUGAUCAAGAUUGGACAUUCAUUGUAAAUACAGAAGAGAAAUUAAUUGAACAAUUUGUACAAUUAUUAAAUAAUUGGAUUAAUUCAAUUAAAACAAAUCAAAAUUUAACAUUCAUAAAUAAAGAAAAAUUAGAUCAUAUUCUUAUGAAUCGUAUUACACAAUUAGAAAGUCAAUUAUGUGAAAUUUCAUUACAAUAUCAAUUGGAACGUAAACGUCGAUUAAAAGAACAAUUACAGUCAGAAACAAAAGACGACGCUAAGCCUAUUGUUCACAAUAGUCAGGUGAGCGAUUCAAACGAUCCUGAGCAAUUAUCUAAUAGUAGUAAUGGAAAGUCUGAUGAAACUUCUAAUCCACAUAAAGUAAUAAUGAAACGUUUACAUAAAGCCAUUGAAGAAUCAAUUUAUUUCGCUUCGAGAGCUAAUAUUUUACAGGACGAAGUAAAAUCCUCACCAUGGGAUUAUGAAGAUUACUCAGUUUUUGAUUAAGAUCAUAAAUCGAUCAAUGUUCGAUCACCAUUGAAAACCUGGAAUCAAUGAACAGCCGUUUUGUCCUAGUAUUGGAACUGAUGAACAGUGCGCAUCCAUGAUCGUACUCACAGAACUCGAACCCAGGACCGUCGAUCUUGUGCGUAAACAUUUAACCUCUAGAUCAUUGAGUCGGUAUCUAACGAUAUUAAUGCCUAACCUCAACCAAUCCACGAAAUUGCACAAUCAUUCAUUGUACUGAGGUAGAUAUUUGUCUCUACCUGACACAGAUUAACUUCACUAAUCCUUGUUUAACCCUAUUCUGUUAUGUAUGUUGUUGUUGGGGUUUUUUUUUUUCUUAUUAUUUUUUUAAAGCUAGAAUCUUUUAUCCCAUGGAUUUUACAACUACUUUAUUUACAUCAAAAACAACAAUAUGAAAUUAAAACAAUUCAACAAUCUAAUAAACAAUUAAAACAACAAUUAGAAUCAGUUAAAAUAAAUACAAUAAAACAAAUUAAUGAAAUGGCUAAACAUAUAAAUAAUUUAACUGAAGAAUUACAAACAAUUCGAUUCAAUUCAUUAACAAAUCAUUAUUCUUAUAAUAGUUUUAAUAAAGAACAACCACAACCACAACAACAACAACAACAAUCAAAUUGUUUAUCGCUUCAUUCAAAUGAUAAUCAGUUUAAGAAAAAUACAUUAUUUAAUGUAUUGAAGAAAUGAUCUAUUGUGUAUAUAAUCUAACCUUUCAUAUUGACUUUAUUUAUUUUAACAAUUUAUAUAAUCAUCAUAAAUAGAUCAGUUCUAUUGUACUAUCUGUAAAAGGGAUUGGAUUUAUUGUGUGUGUGUGUGUGUGUGUAUGUAUCCAUCUGUGUAUGUAUGUAUGUAUGUAUGUACUACGAACUCAUAUUAUUGAUUAUUGAUUAUGUAACAUGAAAUGUUUGUUUAUAUUAAAAUGAAUAUUUUCAUUAUUUUAAUUUAGAUAAACAAAUCAUUGUAAAAAAAAAAACAAAAUUUUUUUUUCAUCAGUUUUCUAGAAUUAUGUUUUGAUUAAUGAUAUUUAAAUAGUUUUACGAGAGAGAGACAGAGGGGGGGGGAGGAACUUCUUUAAAAAAUAAAAAAAAAUUUUUUUCUCUUCGCCAAGUUUUUGUUUCUAUUUAAAAAUAGAAUUUUGAUUUUUAUUGAUUAAGAGGAUUGAUUUUGUUUAUCUUUUUUUUUUAUAUUUAUUUGAUAAGAUAAUUAAAAUUUUAUUAU